CCAGCAGCUGCAGUUCUGUCUGUAAGAGGGUGUAUUUUGUAAUACUUUUUUUCUCAGUCAUGGCUGGAUGCUGCAGUUUAAACAAUGUCUGUGAGUAUGAAACUUCCAAGGUUGUACGCAUUCAGAGCGUUUACUACGGGAGCCUCAAGUGGGCCAUCCAUACUAUCGUCUUCAUGUAUGUCUGCGUGGUGCUCAUUGCUGACAGACGCUAUCAGAAGAAGGACUCUGUUAUCAGCUCAGUGCACACCAAAGUGAAAGGGGUGUCUCAGACUGAAACAAGGAUCUGGGACACGGCAGAAUACACUCUCCCCAUGCAGGGUAUAGAUUCCUUUUUUGUGGUAACAAAUAUCAUCAUGACAGAAAACCAAGUCCAGGGACUUUGCCCUGAGUUCCCCAUUGCCAAAGCAGUUUGCUCUACUGACAAGAGUUGCAUGAAAGGUCAUAUGGACCCCCGAAGUAAUGGGAUUCAGACCGGCAGAUGUGUGAAGUACAACACGACCAUCAAAACAUGCGAGGUCGCAGCUUGGUGCCCUGUGGAGUCAGUUAAAAGGGCUCCAGAGCCUGCCAUUCUGAGGAGUGCUGAAAACUUUACUGUACUCAUUAAAAACAACAUCCACUUCCCGAAAUUUAAUUAUACAAAAAGAAACAUUUUACCGGAAUUUAAUACUUCCUGCACCCACAACAAGACCACUGCUCCGCACUGUCCCAUUUUCCGGCUGGGAGACAUUCUCCAAGCAGCAGGAGAGAAGUUUGCAGAGGUGGCUGUUCAGGGUGGCAUCAUAGGCAUUGAAAUUAACUGGGAUUGCAACCUGGACAAAUGGCUUCACCGCUGCAGCCCCAAGUAUGGUUUCCGACGUCUUGAUGACAAAAAAACAAACGAAGCCUUGUACCCUGGCUACAAUUUUAGAUUUGCAAAGUAUUACAAGCAGGCCAAUGGGAAAGAGGAAAGGACCCUGAUCAAAGCCUAUGGCAUACGCUUCGACAUCCUCGUAUUUGGCACGGCAGGACAAUUUAAUUUCUUUGAGCUCCUGGUGUACAUAGGUUCAGCCCUCUCCUACUUUGGCCUGGCUCAGUUAGUCGUUGAUUUUCUCAUUACUUCAUAUGUAUUCCGUUGCUUCAGUCACAACCCAGUGAAGGAGUAUUACUACCAAAAAAAGUGUGAGUCGGUGCCAGGACCAAGAUGGACUCUAUUUUACGUGACUUUUGUUGACGAGCCGCACAUCUUUAUGAUCGACAAGUAUUUGAGGACAAGCCUACAGAAAAUUAAAGGUGAAAUUAUUCAGAGAAACACGGGUGAUUUUAAGCGUGCUGUUAAACGGCAGCUGCAACAUAUGGACGAAGAAGCUACAUCUCUCGGGAACUCUGAAGAGCUGCAGCCCAUUCAAAACAAAGGGGACGCCUCUUCCUCCCGUGAGCGUCCUGCUUGGUGUAGCUGUGGGAAAUGCCAUCCGGCACAGGGCUUUUUGGAGCAGCUCUGUUGCCGAAGGAAGGAUGGGGCGUGCAUCACAGUCUCCGCUUUGUUCGAGCGGCUGGUCCUUUCCAGAUCCAUGCUGGAGUUUGUCCUCCUCUACAAAGAGCCCUUGCUGGACCUACAGGCCGAGACGCUCAACACACAGCUUCGGCACUGCGCUUACAAGCAGUAUAUUCAGUGGCGCUUUGGAGAUGACAACCUGGAAGAAAGGGCCGUGAUCCCAAGCUGCUGCAGGUGGAAAAUCAGAGAUGUUUUUCCCAGUGAGAACGGCGAGUAUGCUGGUUUCAGGAAAAAGAAGUAGCUGAUCGUGGAGACUCCAUACUGUGGUGGCUUUAGCAGACAUGAGGACAAAAGAGGUCCCCAUUGCUAAAGCCCUGCUGCUUCAAAGGCCCUUCCCUUCCAUCCUUCUCAUUCCAUUUAAUGUCAGAACUUGCAGAGCCACGUGGAAUACUAAUUAAGAGUGUUGGAGGAAAGCUAAAUCCCCAAUCGGUCAUGGAACUCACUCAGUCACUUUCUCUCAGCCUAACCUACCUCACAGGGUUCUUGGGAGGAUAAAAUGAUUGGGGGGGGUGAGUGUGGGAAGGAAUCGUUCAUGCUGCUGCCCUGAUCUCCUGGGACAGAGUGUGGAGAGAUAUAAAUGUAACGAACAAAGUAACUUGCUCUGUAUUUCUUCCUGGUUGACCAUUGAACUGAAACCUAUUUCGCUUCCUGCCCUUGUAGACCCCACCCGCCUCCCAUCAGCCCCUCCAAAAAGAGGCAGGAAGAUGCUGUUGACAGUCUGGUCAAUAUUCAUAGAAUCAUAGAGUUGGAAGGGGCUAUAAGGCCAUAGAGUCCAACCCUGCUCAAUACAGCAAUCCAAGUUAAAGCAUACCCGUCAGGUGCCUGUCCAACUGCCUCUUGAAGGCCUCCAGGGUUGGACAGCCCACUACCUCCCUAGGUCAUUGGUUCCAUUGUCAUACUGCUCUAACAGUUAGGAAGUGUUUCCUGAUGUUCAGUUGAAAUCUGGCCUCCUGUAGCUUGAGCCCAUUAAUCUGUGUCCUGCACUCUGGGAUGAUUGAGAAGAGAUCCUGGUCCUCCUCUGUGUGGCAACCUUUCAAGUACUGGAAGAGUGCUAUCAUAUCUCCCCUCAGUCUUCUCUUCUCCAGGCUAAACAUGCCCAGUUCUUUCAGUCUUUCCUCAUAGAGCUUUGUUUCCAGUCCCCUGAUCAUUCUUACUGCCCUUCUCUGAACCUGUUCCAGUUUGUCUGCAUCCUUCUUCAAGUGUGGUGUCCAGAACUGGACUGCAGUACUCAAGAGGCCUAACCAGUGCCAAAUAGAGGGGAACUAAUACUUCACACAAUUUGGAAACUAUACUUCUGUUAAUGCAGCCUAAAACAGCAUUUGCCUUUUUUGCACCUACAUCACACUAUUGGCUCAUAUUCAGCUUCUGAGUAACAACAAUCCCUUUUCGCAUGUGAUAUUGCUGAGCCAAGUAUCCCCCAUCUUAUAGCAGUGCAUUUGGUUUCUUUUUCCUAAGUGUAGAACUUUGCACUUAUCCCUGUUAAAUUUCAUUCUGUUGUUUUCAGCCGAAUUCUCCAGCCUAUCAAGGUCCCUUUGAAUUUUGUUUCUGUCUUCCAAGGUAAUAGCUAUCCCUACCAAUUUUGGAUCAUUUGCAGAUUUGAUAAGCGUUCUCUGCACCUCCUCACCCAAGUCAUUAACAAAAAUGUUAAAGAGCACUGGGCCCAGGACCAAGUUGCGUGUACCCCACUCGUUACCUCCCGCCAGUUUGAGAAGGAACCAUUGAUAAGCACUCUUUGAGUACGAUUCUGUAGCCAACUAUGGAUCUACCUAUUUGGAGGAAUAUAAUAGCUUUUAGGAAUAACAGGGUCAUACAUGACAUUGCUGGUGGAUAUCUCAGUCCCAGCCUCCAUAAAUCUAAUUUCUGAGGGCCAAACCGGGCAUUACUUUAGCGUAGCCUUCCCUAAUCUGGUGUGCUCCAAAUGUUUUGGAUUACAACUCCCAUCGUGCCACGACCAUUGGGCAUUCUGGUUAAGGCUCAUGGAAGUUAGAAUCCAACAACUUCUGGAGUGCACCAGGUAGGGGAAAGGUGCUUUGCUGGCAUGAUUAGCAACCACAUCUGGGUUUUUAAAAAUUAAAUACAGCAGCAUCACAGUGCAUAGGAAGGGGUCCAGGAUAUCUUAAGGGCCACCUGAGCACUUAUAUCCCAGCCUGAUCACUGAGAUCAUCCAGAGAAGCACUACUGGUUUCCCCGUAGUUUCUGGUUUCUGGUUUCACCAGAAGUCGGGCAUUUAAGGUCACCAGUCCCAUGCUGUGGAACACUCGUCCAGCAGAUAGUCAGCAGGCGUUUGAUUUAAUUUUGACUUUCAGGUGUCUCUUGAAGACCUUUUUGUUCCAGCUGCUGUUUAAAAUUUUCUUGAGGAGCCAUUCAUUUUAAUUAUCUGUACUGCUUCUAAUUUUUUUCUUCAUGUUGCUGUAUGCCUCAUGAGAAGGUGGUAUAUAAAUACUUUUAUAAAUAAACAAAGGGCUGUGUUUAAUCCUGACAAAAAUGUCCCCACCAUGGAUGAGAAUUGUCCUUAGUGGGGAAAAGAGAGCUUUUUGUGGGAGAGGAGGAAGGCUAAUUGCCAUACCUGGUGGUCUGGUGGGCAGUUUUUAUCAGGGCUGCUGCUGGGGAGGGUGAUUCUUCCUGUGUGCUGCACCCAUGGGCACCAGUGGGUUCACAAGUACCUCCUAUGGCGCCUGUGAAAGAUCUCAGUAAACAUCCCCUCCAAAUUCCACAAUAGAUGAGUUUGUUUGUUCUUGCUGCUCAGUUCCUGUUUGCACACUGGCUUGGCCCCUCCUACACUGAACAUGUCCCCUUAAACAUGCUCACAUUUCAUUGGGAGCCAGGUUCCAGAACUGGACACCCACCCUCCCUUCUGUUCUGAACAGAGGAGAGGUGCAAAGAGCUUCUCUCUCUAAGUGCUGCAGUAGCUAAUGAAGAUGCCUCUUUUUUCCAUUGAUGGAGGGAGCAGGAUUCUGGAUUCGAUGGGCCAUUGGCCUGAUCCAGCAGGCUCUUCUUAAUGGUCCCUUCUUUUUUUCUGCUCUUUUAGAUGUGGUAGGCAUUUUGUCUUAUGCCACUCCCCACAACAACAAUUCUGUUUUAUGCCACACCCCCACAUCAGCCAUUUUGUGACUGGCACCCAUGGCACUUUCUCAAAUUUCCAAACGUGCCCACAGACCCCAAAAGGUUGGUGACGCCUGCAUGAUAAAAGUUGGGGGGAUGUGUGCUUGAGGUUUAAUUUUAAACCCAGAAAUUCUUGCUCAUCACACCAUUAAAAUAAGAUCUACUUUGGCCCUCCGAUUGUUCGACAGACAUCUGGGAUUAGGGUUCCGGAUCAGCAGGUGUGGCUUCUUCUCGGGCUCCUGCAACAACACUUCCUUUUGUUUUGUCUUUAAGCUGUUAAAACCCUGAGUUCAGGCCAGAUUUGUUCUUUCUUUCCAGAAACACCAUCAUUGUUUAUGUAUGGGAAAGGAAGAUUGCUUUGCUAAUCCAAUAUCGUCCUGGCUGGCUGAUUUCACUGGGAAGCCACCCAUUUCUUUGUGUGCCUUGUUGUUUAGGAGCUGUUUUGCUUGUUUACAAUAAUUCGACUGUAAUAAACUGGUUUCUCAAGAAUGGGGAAAGGAGAGUUCAUAAGCAGCUGGCAGUAGCCUUAUUCUUGCUCAAUUUGUGGUGGUGUUAUAGGAGAGAGAGAUUGUCUGUGGGAAUUUAUAAUGCAUAUAUAACUGACUGAAGUAUAUUUUGCAGAUGUAUUUUCUAUGGUGGAUGGUUUACAAAGCAAGGCUUUCCCACAGAGCAGAGGUGGUGGGGAACCUAUCUGUUGCCCUAGACUUCCAGUGGGACUGCCUUCAAGUCGAUCCCGACUUAUGGUGACCCUAUGAAUAGGGAUUUCAUGGUAAGCGGUAUUCAGGUUUCCCAUUGCCUCCCUCUGAGGCUAGUCCUCCCCUGCUGGCUAGGGCCACCCCUUCCUUGUCGGCAACUGCCAGCUGGGGGGCAACUGGUCUCCUUGGGACUAUGCAGCUUGCCCACAGCUGCACAGGUGGCAGGGCACCUAACCCCUGAGCCACUCACUGUGGCGUGAUCUUUAGCUGGCCCUUGACACCCAGGAGACACGAGCAGGGAUUUGAACUCACAGACUCUGGACUCCCAGCCAGGCUCUCCUCCCCACUGGGCUAUACCAGUACCCCCUACUAUUUGGCCAUGCUGGCUAGGGCUGAAUGGAGGUGUGCGUCCAAUGACAUCUGGAGGACCACAAGUUCUCCUGCUGUAAAGCUUAAACUGUCUCUGCUAUUCUGUUGCAUUGCUAACAGACUUGAAAACAUGUGUACAAAAGAAAAAAAAAACUAAAAAAGACAGUAAUCCUGAAGGAUUUUUUUACUAAUCAACUUGCCUCUCCAUAUUUUUGUUGGUCAUUUGGGUCACACUAACAGACUAAAAUGUAGCCAAACCUUCCUGUGGCUGUGUGGGGGUGGUACUGCUAUUGUCUUGUUGCUGUUUAUUGUUAUGUUUUUAUAGUUUGUUUUAUUUGUUUUGUUUUAACAUUGUGUAAGUUGCUUGGGGACCUUUGGGUAUCAAGAGUCUAAUAAAUCUAAUUAUUAUUAUUAAUAAUAAUAAUAGCAACUGCAGCAACAACAUCCUUCUCAACCAUCUUCCAGUUUACAGAGCAUCCCUGCCUUGUCACUCUGCAUGAUGCAUAUUUGUCAGAGGUGACCUGACAAAUGCCUAAUCACAAGCCUGAGCUAACAUUUUGUGCACUGAUUGACAAUGUUGUUUGUUUUAGGAACUACUGGGGUCCAUUUUGGUAUCAUAUUUUAAUUCACUAUUUUUUAUAUUUUUCAUUAACUUCC